UUUCCCACAAGCCCUAGUGUGACGCUGCUAGCCGGUAGGCAGCUUAGCGCUGCUGCAAUCACAUGAGCUUUGUUAUUGUAGCCCAGGAGCUGUAAUGUCUACUCGUACAGAAACUCGGAGAAGACCAACUACCACCGACCACGAGAAUGAAGAGCUUUCAUGGGACCACGGUAGUGUCAGAGCUUAUGCCGGCAUUAGUAGUUAUCCAUUUGGCUCCUUUGAUGACCAGCAAGUCAGGUCCUCUGACUGUCCCGUGCAUUGCUGCAAUUGCAUACACAGACACCCAAACAAAGCACCCAGCUCACACGUUGCUAAUGAAACGUGGGAUGAAGUAACAUGUAGUAAGACCACUUUAAGUGCUGAAAAUGAGGUGGAGGCACAAAAACUUGCCAAUAAUUACAAGUUUGGAUUCAGAAAGUGGAAAAGCCAUGUGACUGAGCGGCCCUUUGAGGAGAGAUCAGAUAUUGUGAAGGAGCUUUAUUCAGAGCUCAUCAUCAUUAAAACAAACACAGGCUCCUUAAUUACAUGUGGCAAUGUUGUGUAUAUAUUUUUAUUCGGUUGGUGGAUCUCUCUUGUGUACCUUCUCGUCAGUAUCAUGAUGUACAUCACCGUUAUUGGAGCGCCUCAUGGUAAAUUGUGUUUCAGAUUGUCCCGUUACGUUCUUUGGCCAUUUGGAAAAGCAGUACAUAAGGCGAGUGGUUCAGUGUCAAAUGUCAGUGCUAAACAACGCACUGAUUUGCUAGGUGAAGGGGAUGAAGCGAAUCCAGCCUCGCCCCUACUAAGAGCCACUCCAGUGGUAGAGGAUGUGGUGGAAUCAUGCAGGCCUCCAGAGCAGUCGUACUGGAGUCAUCUAAGUGUGUAUGUUUGGGUGCUGCUGGGGUACCCCCCUCUGGUUGUGGCCCAUCUCAUAUUGUGUGUACUCUCCUGGCUUUUGGUUGUCACCAUCCCUGUGUCCAAAAUGAGUAUCCGAACCAUGAGCAAUGUCUUACUAAUGCCUCCUGAGCAAGUUCUCAUAAAUGACACCAAUGGAGAAAGCGAAGGUCAAGCCAUCCUGUGCUGCUACCAUGCAGUGAAUCUUUACUACUACAAGUACACAGUUGAUGGAAUCAAUGUUUUUGCCGUCAAUCUCCUUCCUUUGGUCAUCGUCUCUCUAGUGAUUGGCUUUGUGGACCAGAGCAACCAGUUCGUCAAUGCUGAGAUUAAGUUCACCACUUCAAUAUGUUCACUCAUCCCUUUGUCCUACUAUAUUGGAAUGGGAAUCGCCAGUAUUUCAGCUCAGAGUAACUUUGCAGUCGGCGCAGUGGUUAAUGCCACGUUUGGCUCGAUCAUCGAGCUGACCUUUUACAUUACAGCCUUGCUUAGGGGCCGAUACCAGGGCAACAAAUGUUUACAUGAGAUUGUGAAAGCAGCAUUGACUGGGACAUUGCUUGGAUGCAUUCUAUUCAUCCCAGGGAUCUGUAUGAUCAUCGGAGGGCUGAAACACAGGGAGCAGAAGUUUAAUAGCCGCUCAGCUGGAGUCAGUGCUUCUCUACUUUUUAUAUCUGUUGGGGGUGUGUUUGCCCCCACACUCUUCUCUAAGGCCUAUGGGAAUCUGGUGUGUGAAGACUGCACUAACUCCUCUGCGACCAAUAGUAGCAAUGGGUCUUUCACCUGCAGGAACUGCCACUAUGACCUGAGUCAAAACAACUACAGCCUGUUUCAUAGCCAUAUUGAACCCCUGGUGUACACAGUGUCCGUUCUCCUACCAGUGUCCUACAUCAUCGGCCUUCUGUUCACUCUGAAGACUCAUUCACACAUUUAUGACAUUCAUGUUGGUGAUGCAAGCGCAGCAGGUCAUCUCGAUGCAGUGGUCCACUGGUCUCGCUGGAGAGCUCUGCUCAUUUUGAUUGUCGCCACAGUGCUCAUGUCCGCCUGUGCUGACCUCGUCACUGAGCACAUCCAUUCCAUAUUGAGCCACCCGAACAUCUCCCAGUACUUUAUAGGUGUGACAGUUCUUGCCAUGGUUCCUGAAAUCCCAGAGAUAAUUACGGGUAUACAGUUUGCACUUCAGAAUAAUAUCAGCUUGAGUUUAGAGGUCGGACGCUGCAUUGCGGUUCAGGUGUGCAUGAUUCAGAUCCCUAUACUCAUCCUGUUCAAUGCCUUUUACGAUGUGGGCUUUGUGCUCAUCUUCAGCGACCUGCAUCUGUGGGCCAGCAUCUUCAGUGUCAUCCUUGUCAACUACAUAUUUAUGGAUGGAAAGUCUGAUUACUUUCAAGGCACAGCUCUCGUGGUUGUGUAUCUCAUCCUCCUUGCGCUCUACUUCUUCGCUCCUUCACCAGCCGGUUGUUAAUCAGAAGACUGCUCUCAAUUGCACUUUUCUGGACUAAAUCAACAACAAUUUUUACUGUAUUGACACGUCAUCACAUAUCUACAUUCUGGAUUGCAGCUGACUGAUGCACAAAAUUAAUUAUAAUCAAUAAUGAAAAACAGGUACAAUUAAGCAUUAAUUUGCAUAAAUUAAGUCAUUACUGCAGUUAUUCUCUUAAAAUGCAUUGAAGUGCUGAAUUAACUGCUGAAAGUGUUCUUGAUGAUACACUAAAUUUACUGGAUCUCAUGACGCAUUAGUAUUUUGAUUUCUUGUCAGCAUCUGUGUCGUUAAUAAGGUGUAGAUUUACAGUAUGAAUGUGUGUCUGAAAUUUUCUUUACGACAUCAUGGACUUUAUUUAGAUAUCAAACCACGGGGCAAAGUUUUGUCUGCACUUGAAACCCUUUAAACAGUAUUAUGUAGACUGUGUGUUUUUUCUAGUUUCUUAUGUGCUGCAGUGUCAGGGAAACAAACAUGUCUCUCUACUUUUGAACAUUUUAUCCUUUAUUUGUAUUUUUAAUCCAAUAGCUAAUGUAGAAACAAACUAGUUAUAAUGACAAAUAUAAUUUUUUGGGGGUUUGUAGUUUAAUUCAUAAUCUCUGAAUUAAGAUGAAUCAAGAUGAAUUAAUUUCACCUGUGAUUUUCUUUUUACAAAUCGGCAUUAUAUGAGUUAUUUAUUUUUCCCUCCAUAUCCUGCCUUCUUCUUCUUCCUUUUGUGUAUCAAAAAUUACAAAAUAUGUUGGACUAAUUACUUUUUUUAUUACAUUAUUUACCAUUUAUGUUUAUGGAAAUCUAUGGCAUUUAAUGUCUUACUGUUUAUUUUAGGAAAAUGUAUUUAAAUUUGUUUAUUUUAUUGUCAAGAAGGUGCACUAAGGUCCAUACAUAUUUGGACAUCAAUAUUUUUCUUUCCCUUUUUUUUUCUGCUGUCUACCACAGUGUCUUGUGAUUUAAAUUAAAUAAUGGAUAGGACUUUAAAGUGCAUAGUUUGUUUCGAGUAUUUACAUCCAAAUCAGGUUAAGGUUGUAGGAAUAUUAAAGCCCUUUUUAGAUCUGUUACAAGCUUUUGAAUAUCAUGUACAUCAACAAAACUUUUUUAUUUAAAAUGUUCAAUUGAGACUCAAAAUAAAAUCCCAUUAAUGAAAA